AAAUAAUCGAACGCGGAACUAUUGCCAUCCGCCUUUGUAUUACGUGGGACAUACAUAAAUAUGAACACAACAUAAUGGAGACGGAAUCGCAGCGCGCUUUAGAGUAUUUGACAGAAAUAGAAGAAGCAGCUGAAGAUGUCCUUGCAAACAAACAACAGAUUGUGGAUCUAGAUAAAAAGAGAAAUGGAAACAGGGAGGCGUUGAAUGCUUUGCGUAAUCCGAACUCAUCAAAUGAGAAAGUAAAGGUUUGCUUUGGAAAUAUGUUUAUAACGUUUCCUAAAGCCAAGACCACUGAGAUGAUUCUUAAAGACCAAGACCAACUAGACAAAGAGAUAAAUGGUCUCCGUAAAGUGUUGAAAGCAAAGGUUAAUCGUCUCAAUGAGUUGCAAGGGAAGCCUGAGCUAAGGGGCUACAAUCUGUCUCCUCUCUCUAAUGAUGAGAUUAAAGCUAUCAACAGCCUGUUGAAGAGAUGAGACACAACCCCACACAAAACACAGACCAAAUAGGCCUAUGCCAGUUUUUCACCCACUCCCAAAGGUGUAGAUGUGCCUUCCUUCUCUCAUUCAUCUCCUUACUGACCCAUCCAACCUCCUCCACAGUUUACCGUAACCUUCAGACUUCAGGCUGCACCCUCCAUAGCUGACAGUGCCAUUCCCAAUUCAGUCUUGUGUUAGAAUAGAGGCUCAAGUGGUCUUUGGAAGUGGAAUAUUCAUCCCAUCCUAAGCAGUUGCUUUAAAACUUUAAAAUCUUGUUGCAAAUUCUGCCACAAGAUGGCAGUGUCCAUUGAAGAAGCCUUGCAAAUUGACACUAGAAAUAUAUGGAAGAUCAAUCAUCUUUAAUCUUCAGAAUUUCUACUUUGCAUAUGGUUUACUGUAGCUGUUUAUAUAAAUAAAUAACCAAAAAACUUU